AUGCAAAUCUUCAACGCAAGCGCCAUUCUCAAUGUAGGAAGGCUCUCCUACAACCCCAGCCUUUGUCUACCGCACUUAGCUGUCGCUUCCUUCGACAAACUCCCAAUUCCGUUCAAAAUUCCAGGACACGAAGAUGCCAACAUCAAAGGUGUUGUUUUGGACAAGGACAAUUGUUUCGCCAAAGACAAGGACGACAAGGUCUGGCCAGCUUACAACGACAUUUGGGCCGAACUUCAAAAGAACUACCCCAAGGAACACUUGCUUAUCGUGUCGAACUCUGCUGGAACUAAUGAUGACACCAACUACGAACAGGCAGAGAAGCUAGAGAAGGACACGGGGGUCACUGUGUUGAGACAUCCUACAAAGAAGCCAGGCUGUCAUGAAGAGAUUAUGUCCUAUUUUGCCAAACAAGGUAUCGAAAAGCCCAGCGAGAUUGUCGUCAUUGGUGACCGUUUGUUCACAGAUAUGCUUAUGGCAAACAUGAUGGGUGCCUGGGGUAUAUGGCUCAGUGAGGGUGUGGAACUCUCUAACAAGAUAUGGUGCAAGAUGGAGAGGGGGUUGUAUGAUAGAAUGGUGGUGAACCGGGAUCCUCCAGUCAAAGCUCCUACCCCUGGUGAGACAGAGGAGUCAAAGCUCUAG